CUGACGUUUACAAUCAUUUGUUUCGAUUGAGCAAUUAUAUAAACAUGUUGUUUUAUAUAUUUUUAAUAACCGCUUUCGUAAGUCAUUGCUCUGAAGCUCAAUUCGGACCAUACAAGCAAGCAUCUGACUAUGUUACUGUACGUGAAGGGGCUCAUAUGUUCUACUGGCUGUACUACACAACGGCUCCAGUCCAACAUUACACGGAACGCCCUAUUAUAGUGUGGCUGCAGGGUGGACCUGGCGGCUCUUCUACUGGCAUCGGCAACUUCGAAAUUCUUGGACCACAAGAUCUGGCACUAAAAGACAGGAAUUAUACUUGGAUUAAAAAUUUCAACGUCAUGUUCGUCGAUAAUCCUGUGGGUACUGGAUUCAGUUAUGUUGAUGAUGUACAAUACUUGACGAAAACUAAUUUGGAAAUCGCGACAGACUUUGUGGAACUAAUGCGAGGAUUCUAUGACUCCCAUCCUGAAUUCGAAGGAGUUCCUGUGUACAUUUACGGCCAGUCCUAUGGAGGCAAAAUGGCUAUCGACAUUGGCAUUGAAAUGCGCAAGGCAGAGAAAGAGGGUACAUUGAAGUCAAAUCUCCGAGGCAUCGCCAUGGGUAACGCAUGGAUAUCUCCAGUGGAUGCUACAUUAACUUGGGGCCCGUUACUGUUAGCUGCCGGUCUGGUUGACCAAGAUGGCUACGAGAGUAUUCAAGCAGCUGCUAGAAAAGCUGAGCAACUGUUCAACGAAGGAUCCUACGUCGCAGCAACGAACCAAUGGGCGCAGACGCAACGUGCAGUGUUUGCUGCCACAACUAGUGUCGAUUUCUACGAUAUUCUGUCAUCAAGAAAUGUGACACUUCCCGACACGCUGAAAAGUGCUUAUGAGGCUGCAAGAGAAUUGAUGAUACGAGAUUCACCUCUUCAGUAUCGCAGCACAAAUGAUGAAUGGGAUAUUAACAUAUUAAUGAAUACGAGAGUAAAGCAAGCACUAAGAAUCCCCGAAAGAGUCCGCUGGCAGAUAUCAUCAAAUGCGGUCUUCAACGCUCAGAACGGGGACUUUAUGAAACCAGUCACUGAUGGCAUUGAAAAAUUACUAAACGAAACAGACAUUAUACUUACGGUUUACAAUGGUAAUGCGGACCUAAUCUGUUCUACUCCAGGACAAAUACUAUGGGUUGAUAGACUUGAAUGGGCAGGAGCUAAACAAUAUAAAAACUCCCCUCGUCGACCUCUCUGGGUGAACGACCGUCUCGAAGGAUAUUACAAAGCUCAUGGAAACUUCAGAUUCUUCUGGAUCAAUACAGGAAGUCACAGCGCACCGAAAUCUAGUCCAGAAGCGCUUAGUGCUGUUCUGCGUGAUAUGACGACGUUUGGAUAAUUUUAAAUAAUUGUUAAUAAAAUAAAAAUAAGAGUUUAA